UUUCUACGGUCUCCCUGGCUAACCUCCAGAUCUGCUUGUUAUAUUAACACGUCCAAACAGCCCCUUACAAAAAUUAUCCCAUUUCUUCUUCAAACGCCACCAAGGCUUUCUCAUAGGGGAUUCUUUGCUUGAAGAGCUUUCCUCCCUCCUCUAGAAUCUGGAGCUUUCCAUUAGUUUCAACGGCAAGUUUUAAAGAGUAUACUUUCUUUAUCUUGGAUUUAGUUUUUCACUCACCUUAUAAUAUUUUGCCAUUGUUGUCUUCUGUGGUUGAGGACUCAACUGGUUUCAUUUCCCUUUAUCCUUCAUAGCAUAUAUAUUAUAUACACACAAAUACACACGUUUAUGUUAUGUGUAUAUUAUACAUCUGGGUUCCAAUAGCAAGUUUUAUGCAGGGUUUCUUUAUCUGGGCUUAGAUUUUUUCUCUUCUUUUAUUGUAAGUCAUGCCACUAUUGUCUUUACUAAUUGAGUAAUUAACAGGUUUCAUCCCUUAGUCACGUUUUAUAUAGGUAUACAAUUUGGUGUUGCUGUGUAUGCAUUAUCCAUUUGAUGUUGCUCUGAUUGUUUCUAUCUUUCAAAUGCAACCUGCCUCAAAAUGUCUUCUCUUUUUUGCUUUUUUCUAUUUUUUCUUUUUUAUCCAGUUGUUAAUCGUUAAAUCGUUAGAUUAGCACCUAUGGAAUUUAGCCUCCUCACCCUUGCAAAGCAUCAAGUGCUUGCAAUUUAAUUCAACUCCCCCUUAGGGAGUGUUGAAUCCAUGACCUCCGCUUGGGACUAAGCCCUUGGGAGAGUCAUGGUGGCCCACUAGGCUAGGCCUAGUUGGUUUGUCUCAAAAUGUCACAAUUGGUACCAUAGGGAAUCCUGAGGCUGCAAUGUGUGGGAAUGCGGACAGCGGGUUUGGGUUUGAGUUUGAGGGCAGCCCCUUUCACCAUAGUCUCAUUGAACCUCUUUCAACACCCUAAUAGUCCUUUUUGACAGUUGAUAAGUUAACAUACAUGCCAUGAUUAUGUCCCAGUAAUAUCAAUGAUUUUAUGUCUCAUCUCACCUAUAUUUGCAACUGCAUAAUUCUUGACACUUUGUUUUUAUUCUUGACUUCAUUAACAAGUAUUUCAUUUUGGUUUUUAUUUCUUUGGUCAAUCUAAUUCAAGGACGAGGAUAGUGGCCAAGUUGAGUCAACUCUUGAUCUUCCUUCAUUCUAUUAACUUAAAAUACUUCUCCUAUGAAGUGUUGUAAUAGGUUUAGGUGUCAAAUCUAAAAUAGAUUUUAAACCGCAGGGAAUACAACUAGUAUAUAUAUUGCCACACUCUGACCAUAGGUACAAAGCUGUCUCUAUGGUCAAUAUUGCCUAUUGUCUAAUCAUUCACCUAUCGUCUCUCCCUGUAUAUGUAAACCUAUAUAUGCAUACCAAAGACUAUCUAUUGGUAUGAAGUUUCAGUUGCUGUGGAUGUUCUAGAUAAAGGAUCUAUGCACAAUUAUUCCAAAGAUAUUCGGUGUGGGGGUGUGUCAUUGUGUGGAAGCUAUGAAGAUAAUGCUAACUUUACAAUAGACAUUAGGACAUAUUUAAUUUAAUUUUUCAUGAAAUUUCUAAAUAGUAUAAAAAGUUUAUUGAUUUUAUUUUUUAAUUUCUAAAUAAAAUCUUGAAACUUUCUCCAAUUAGACAUUGGUGAUUCUUCUUAUCCUUCACUGCAUUUGUGUUUCAAUGCGCUCUCUCUCUCUCUCUCUCUCUCCAAAUAGUUACUACCUUUUUACCUGAAUGAGUAUAUCCAUACUGAACAUACUUGUCUAAACAAAUAACAAGUGUAUGCACUAUGCUAUGCAUAAGGAGAAUAUUUCUUAGACAAGGUUUUGUAUAUGUUCCUUGUAGUAGCUUGUUACUAAAAAAGUUUUGCAUCCUGAAUUUGUAAUUUUUGCUUUUUUCAUGUGGAGGAGUAUCAACUGCUAACAAAAUAACCAUGCAUGAUGCUCUUUUAGUUGAGAAAAAAUAUUGAAAAACUGAGAUUAAUGAUUUAGUGGCAUAUUAUGCUAUACGGUACUUGGUGGGUUCUGGCCACAUAAGGUGCUGCAUUUGUGCUUGUCCCGUUAGGCUAUGCCAACAUAAUGGUUUGGUCUCCCUUCAGCUUGCGCUUGAAAAAUGUGGUCCACCUGAGUAGGUGUGUACGAAAACAGAUGAGCAACCGCAUAUGUGGUUUCGUUUCUGAAGCACCGCCCAAUUCAUGUUGUCUUUAUAUUUCCACUGGUUACUCCAAACCAAAAUAUACUGAUAUUGGCUUUCAAGCAUCACAGGGGAGCUGUUUUGGAUCAUGCAUUUACAAGCAGAGUAGCAACUGGCAUUCAUUAAGAGUUAAAAAUGUAGUUAAUUUUAGGCAAUCCCAGCCAAUGUGCCUUGAUUUUUCAUUUGGUUGCCAGCACGUGAAUGUGAAGCUUUUAGUGCCAAAACAAGGAAUUAUUCCCAAAGUCAAAUGUAAUGUGGGACCGCUAUCUUGGCCGCGAGGAUGUGCAUCUACAGGCUUAAUUUUUGGACUUUUGGUUUGUUGUUCAACUUCUGAACCAGUACAUGCUGAAGCAUCCCAGCCAGAAGAGAAUAAGGAAGACACGUCUGUCAGCUUUUCCCAUGGAAAGAAAGUCUACACCGACUACUCUAUUACUGGCAUACCUGGAGAUGGCAGAUGUUUGUUUCGCUCUGUUGCUCAUGGUGCUUGUUUAAGAUCAGGGAAACCAGCUCCAAAUGAAAACCGUCAGAGAGAAUUAGCAGAUGAUUUACGGGCUAGAGUGGCUGAUGAAUUUGUUAGAAGACAAAAAGAGUCAGAAUGGUUUGUAGAAGGUGAUUUCGACACAUAUGUAUCUCAAAUACGGAAGCCACAUGUAUGGGGAGGUGAGCCUGAACUAUUCAUGGCUUCACAUGUUCUCCAGAUGCCAAUAACAGUGUACAUGUACGAUGAGGAUUCUGGUGGGUUGAUAAGCAUUGCAGAGUAUGGGCAAGAGUACGGCAAGGAGAAUCCCAUCAAAGUACUAUAUCAUGGCUUUGGCCAUUACGAUGCAUUGCAGAUUCCCGGGAAGAAAGGUGCCCAAUCAAGGCUCUAGUACUAGUAGUAUAUAUAGCUUUAGAGCAAAAAGAAGGGUGGCAUCAGUACUAAACUACCAAGAACCAAGAAAGAAGAAAGAAACUAUUAUCUUACUAUUCCUUAUUUUUGUUUCUAAUUUGUGUUUUAACAUGGAAUCAUGGUCCUUUGUGUUUAACUUUUAAAUUAGAGAAUAUAAUAAAAUAAUAGCAUUCUUCA